AAACGAAUUGAUAGAUAUCGAGAGUUAGAAUCUUAUCUCGAGAUGGUUAAGGGAGAAGAAUUGAUGAUGAAAACUUUGAACCCUAAGUUAUUCAAAGAAAUAGAAGGAUUCGAAAUGAAUGAUAGUAAAAAAUUUCAUGAGGAUAUGUUGAAACGCGAGAAAGAAACCAAAUUAGAUGACGUCAUUUGA